AUGACCCUUUCGCUGGAAAACCCUCAAUUAAAGCCCCUGGUGCAUGCUGAUGUUGUCGAGACACCUCCACGGCCUGCGUCGCCAGAGCAUGGCUUUGCCACGAGAGCCGUUCACGCCGGAGCCCAUCUCGAUCCUCACACGGGCGCCGUGAUUGCGCCGGUACAAUGGAAGACACUGACGCUGUAUGCUCGUGCCAGAUCUCGCUAUCCACGACCUUUGCGCAGACAAGUGUGGGAAAGCCAGUGGGUGUGUAUGAGUAUACACGCAGCGCAAAUCCCAACAGGCAAGUUCCCUCGUCCGUCUCCCAGUCUAAUCUUUCCACUAACACGUUUCGGUAGAGACCACUUCGAAGAAGCCAUCGCUGCUCUCGAGCAUGCCCGAUUCGCACUGGCCUUCUCUUCCGGCUCCGCCGCCACGGCCAACAUCCUGCAAUCCCUCGCAGCGGGAUCGCACGUAAUCUCCGUGUCUGAUGUGUACGGCGGCACGCACCGCUACUUCACCAAGGUGGCGGCCGCGCACGGCGUGAACGUCACGUUUACGCCGACCCUCGAAAUCAACAACGAGGCGCUUUUCCGGCCAGACACAAAGCUGAUCUGGAUCGAGAGUCCGACAAAUCCUACCCUGAGUCUGGUCGAUAUUCGCGAAGUCGCGACUAUCGCGCACCGACAUGGCAUUAUGGUGGUGGUUGAUAAUACGUUUAUGAGCCCGUAUAUCCAGAAUCCGUUGGAUCAUGGGGCGGAUUUGGUGGUGCAUUCGGUGACGAAGUAUAUCAAUGGGCAUUCGGAUGUUCUCAUGGGCGUCGCAGCAUUCAACUCCACCGAGCUCAAAGACCGUCUCACCUUCCUGCAAAACGCCAUUGGCGCCGUCCCAUCCGCAUUCGACUGCUGGCUCGCCCACCGUGGCCUCAAAACACUGCACCUCCGCGCGCGCGAGGCCACCAGGAACGCAACCGCGGUGGCGAGCGUGCUGGAGGCGUCGCCAUUCGUCAAAUCCGUCAACUACCCGGGCGCCGACUCGCAUCCGCAACGCGCCAUCGCGCUGAAACAGCAUCGCGACGGCAUGGGCGGCGGGAUGCUCAGUUUCCGCAUCCAGGGCGGCCACGACGCGGCGGAACGUUUCUGCCAGAAUGUGCGCGUCUUUGUGCUUGCGGAGAGUCUGGGCGGGAUUGAGAGUUUGUGUGAGGUGCCGUCUAGCAUGACGCAUGCUGGUAUUCCCAAGGAGCAGCGUGAGGCGGCCGGCGUGUUUGAUGAUUUGGUGCGUUUGAGUUGUGGAAUUGAGGAUGCGGAGGAUCUCAAGGCGGAUAUUCUGCAGGCGUUGGCCAAGUCGGUGGCUCCGGCGAGUAAUUAA